AUGGAAGCGCACCCGGGCAAGAUAGAGUUUUUCUGCAAGCUGGGGUAUGGCAAACAGGACAUCUGCAAAGUGCUGGAAAAUCUGGGCCAAGGGGCCCUGGAGGAUGAUGUGCUGAAAGAGUUGAUUCGGGUAGGUAGCAGGCCUGUGGCUCAGGAGAGGCAGGCCCAGCAUCCUCUCCCAAAACUUGUCCCCCGUGGGUCGUGUAGCAGUCCGGCAGUGCCCAAGCAGCCAGAAGAGGUGGCAAGCGAUUCUUCCAGUCACUUGAGACCUAUCGUGAUCGAUGGCAGCAACAUUGCUAUGAGCCAUGGGAACAAAGAAGUGUUCUCAUGCCGGGGGAUUCAGCUGGCAGUGGACUGGUUCAGGGAGAGAGGCCACAAAGACAUCAAGGUCUUUGUCCCAUCGUGGAGAAAGGAAGCACCACGAUUUGACAGCCCCAUUACAGAUCAGCACAUUCUUGAUGAGCUUGCAAAGCAAACCAUUCUCGUGUACACUCCAUCCCGCAAGGUGAAAGGCAGGCGGGUGGUCUGCUAUGAUGAUCGCUAUAUAAUUAAAGUGGCCCAUGAGAAAGAUGGGGUGAUUGUUUCCAAUGACAACUACCGGGACCUCCAGAGUGAGAAUCCUGAGUGGAAGUGGUUCAUCGAGCAACGGCUACUCAUGUACUCCUUUGUCAGUGACAAGUUUAUGCCUCCUGAUGACCCGCUAGGCCGUCAUGGACCUACUCUUUACAAUUUCCUCAGCAAAAAGCCAGUGCUUCCUUUUACUAGAUGGCAGUCCUGUCCUUAUGGCAAAAAAUGCACAUAUGGCAGCAAGUGCAAAUUUUUCCACCCCGAACGACAGUAUCAAGCUCAGCUGUCAGUGGCUGAUGAGCUCCGAGCCAAAACAAAGGCCUCGUCUCAAAGCUUGGGGACAGAGGAAGAAAAGUUGAAGGCUGCCCCAACUACAACCCAAGGAGGGAAUGCAUCCCACGGCGCUUGCAUAGAAAGGCUGCAGGCAUCCAGUGGUGCUACAGGCGGCAGCAGCAGCUCCACUCAGAGCUUUGCAACGGAUUGGUUCCAUUCUACGCAACAGGAAAGGACCUACACUGAGCAUUCAGCUAGAGCCUGGGGAGACAGGCCCUUGUGUAAGCUGGAACCCGAACAAAAUGUAUUACAGCAAGACCUACAGAGAGAGCAAAGGCUCAUGGAAAAGCAGCUCUCUGCAUUAUCCCUCAGGGACAAGAUAUAUAGUGCAAAUAGGCCGGCAGACACCUCUGAGAGAGGGGAUGCAAAGGACAGUACCCAUCAAUGCUGUAAUCUUAGACACAAUCACUGUCACAAUCUAUAUGCAACUCAUCACAACCAUAGUUUGGACUGCAUGUGCUUACAACAGUGCGAGCUGCCUUCUCAUCUUUGUAGGCACCCAGCUCGCUCUAGACCUGAGCACUGGGGCAAUGUGCAAAUGUUAGCAGUGCAGAGUCAGAGAAUCCAAUACAUUGUGGACAGAUCUCAGUCCACACAAGGCCUGCAGGCCCAACAGCAAGUCACACGCUCUGUCAGGUCUCCUCCGAAUGGCCCAUUUCCCUACAGCAAACGUGAAGAUGGACAAUACCAAAGGCAUUUGCAGAAUCAGCCUCCCAUUCAGCCAUUUUUGUUAGAUCCCCACAAGGGGCCCGGCUCCUUCAACUACUCACCCACUUCUCAUAGCGAGUAUCUCCCGAAUCAUGCUCCAGAACCACUUGCUGGAGAGCGAGCGCACAUCCGCAGCGCGCUCUGCUCGGUCUUCCCAUACGAUGAAGUGGAUCGAGUUAUGUUCUUGUACCCUGAUCUCAAGGAUAUGGCUAGUUUAAUUUUACUAAUUCAAAGACACAGGCUCUUAUGAAGUGGAGGAGACUCUCCUCACAUCAGUCCCCCAAAAGAAAACCAAAAACCAAGAGACUUUGCCAGCUGGGGCCAGGCGUCCAAGGUUGUUUCCAGCUCUGCCAGUGACUCACUGUGUAGCCUUGGGCAAGUCAGUUAGACUCAAAUGGUGGCAGGCAGCCACUGGCCCCAGCAGGCGAUGGUAAGGAGCUGCACCACCCAUGGAGGGAUCCUGGGGAGGGACUGUGCCUCGGAGAGCGAUUCCUUCCUUGAGGCACAAUCCUCACUGAGUUCCCUAGUGGACAGGAACACUGCACCAUCCUUAGGAUCCCCCUGGUGUGGAUGGCCCACUCUACUUCCUGUUGUGGGGCUGUUGCCCCUUCUCCCUCCCCAUCUCCUGUGAGAUGUCAGCCAUCCCUGGAAGUGGAGCUGGCCCUGGUCCUGCAUACAGGUGCUGCAAUUGUGACUGACCUAUAUGCAGACCACACAAGG